AUGGACAAGGCAGCUCGAGUAGACACGUAUCUGGAAUCAAAGCUAAAUGCUUCCGACACCGUCUUGGAACAGGCUCAAUCUAAUAGCGACGCUGCGAAUCUACGACAGAUCCAAGUAUCCCCCCUCCAAGGUGCCAUGCUUCAAAUACUGGCGCAAUCUAUGCAGGCUCGACGUGUCUUGGAGAUUGGCACUCUAGCGGGCAUCAGUACGAUAUAUCUAGGACGUGGUGUCGGAUCUGAAGGGAAGGUUGUUACGUGUGAGAUUGAUGAGAAGGCGGUUGAAGUAGCAAAGGCUAAUUUUAAAAUGGCUGGUCUUGAUCAAGUCAUUGAGAUUCGUGCAGGUGCUGCGUCUGAGACGUUGAAGGCUUUGGUCAACGACGGUGUGGAAGCUUUUGAUUUGGUGUUUAUUGAUGCAGACAAGCAAAGUUGUGCUGAAUACCUUGACUUGACGUUGCAAUUGUCUCGAAAGGGUACCUUGAUCAUAGUAGACAAUGUGGUCCGUGAUGGGAAGGUGGUUGAUGCAGACAGCACUGACGAAUCAGUGAGAGGAGUACGUGCCAUGUUUGAUGCCAUGGAAAAUAAUCCAAAAAUCAAAGCUACAGCCAUUCAAACUGUUGGUUCAAAAUCUUAUGAUGGGUUUGCAAUGGCAACCGUGCUGUAA